AUGACUAGUGAAGUUUUCAGUCAGAAUUGUAGGCUGACUCCAAAUUCACAACCAAAAACUAUUGUUGGAUUUUUUCCUGCUUAUAAAUAUAAUUUAGAAACAUAUAAUUUUCAAAUUAUUUCGUCAAUUACUCAUUUAUACUAUAUUGCAUUUGGUCCAACUGAUCUUACUAAUGGUACUGGUCCAUAUCAAGUUUUUCAAAAUCAAUACAAUAAAUUUCAAGAAUUAAGAAGCUAUACGGAUAAAAAUAGUAAUUUAAAUUAUAAACUAAUUAUUUCGGUCUUGUUGCCUACUGAUGAUAAUUUAACAAAAAUACCUCCAUUUGCUAAUGUUUCUGUUGGACAGUAUGAUUUGACCAGUCCAUUUACUCAGCAAUUCAUUAAUGAAUUAGUAGCAAUUGUUAGUGAUUAUUCGUUUGAUGGAAUUGAUAUUGAUUAUCCUAAUAAGUUUCCAUGCUUUCAAGCAACACAAUUCAAUGCUACUUAUUUAGAUUAUGUUUUCACACAGUUCCUAGUUGAUAUUUCAAAGAAAUUGAAACCGAUUAAUAAGAUUCUAACGGUGACGGCGGGCCAAUAUCCAAUAUCUGGUUUAAACUCUAGCAUUACCAGUUUUGUAAAUAUUCAGGCAUUUUAUCUUAAUAUUAAUUCCAAAUGUACAAGUGCUGGAAUAGAUAAUAUUCAAAAAAUUUUUAAUGUUUGGAAUACCAGCAUAGGCAUAUCAAAUCUUGUUUUGGGAAUCAAUUUUGGUGGAAUUGUUGAAUUGAUUAAUUCUAAUAAUAUUACAAGCGAUACUAUUAAUAACAACCUUACAAUUAUUAAUGAAACAAAUAUUCAAUACCCAUUUUCUGACGAACUGAUUUCAGAUCCGUGUAGAGUUUCAGAAUAUGCAUCUUGGUCAUGGAAAAAUUUGAGUAAAACAUUAUCACCGCCUUGUUACGAAAAGGCUUCUUUUCCAUGGACACGUGGCUUUGAUUAUAUAGCACAACAGCCAUAUAUUUAUCUACAACAACAAAAUUCUUCUACACGAUUUUAUUACGUUUCUUAUGAAGACUUUCAAUCACUACAAUACAAACUUGAGUUUGUACAGCAGGUUAAUGCAUCAGGAAUUGCAAUUUUCGAUAUCACUAGAGACACUGACAAUGCAAUCUUAAUGAAUUUCAUAACGCAUUUAACGAAUCUUACAGUUAAAAGUCUUUUUUUGUCCUAUGGACCAAUGAUAAUUGGUAUAAUAUGUGCUUUCAUUUUUGUUAGCGUAUCAGUGGCGGGCUUUAUAUCAUACCGAAGAUACAGAGGGCGUAAAGCAAAGAUGCCUAACUCAUUAAUAAACACAAAUAAUCAGGCUUGUUCUGAUACAAAUUGUCAGGUUUACUCUGAUAUAAGUCGUCAAAUUCUCUCAGAUACAGACAAUCAUGUUUAUUCUAAUACAAAUAAAAGAGAUUGA